CAAGACGGUAAAGUGAAUCAGUCUCUUUGGGUGCAGAGAAGAGAACCCUGGAGGAAGAUCCUAAUUGGCAAUCCUGAAUUAUCAUGAGACUUCCUCUGCUACUUUCUGGUAUCUUGCUGGGGCUGCUGGCAGACCAGGGGGCAGGGAAUAAGUGUCCUCAGAAGAAGUCUGUUACCCUGGUACCAUCAUUCACGGUGACGACCAUGGCGACAGAGAGGAGUACCACCAGUCCCGAAACUACCACAGGACAUGGGAAGACAGCCACAUCCCACAGGACCUCCACAGCUGCCACUAUCCCCCACAGUAACAGCACUACUACCAGUUAUCCAACCACAAGUGAAGGAACAGCUAUCACUCAUGGAACUACCACAAGCCCCAGAAACACCUCAACCAUCAGCCCAUCUAAAUCUGUGCCAGUCCCACCUUCUCCUGAACCCACCUCUGGCCCCAGUGGGACUGUUGGAGACUACACUGGGGCCAAUGGUUCCCAGCUCUGUGUUCGCCUGAGGGCUCAGAUCCAGAUGAGGGUCCUGUACCAGAGCCACAGUGGAGGAAAGCUUUGGGGCAUUUUUGUCCUGAACCCGAAUAGAACGGUUGCUCAAGGCAGCUGUGACGGGAACCAUUCCAGCCUAAUUCUCUCUUUUCCUGAUGGAAAACUCAUCUUUGAUUUCAAGCAGGACUCAAUCAAGAAAACUGUCUACCUGAACUGCUUGGUGACAGAGUUCAAUGUGUCCUUCCCUUCCGCAACCCGGUGGACAUUCUCAGCAGAGAAUUCAUCACUCCAUGAUCUCCAAGCACCACUGGGUCAUAGCUUCAGUUGUAGAAAUAGAAGUAUAACACUCUCCCCAGAUGUCCACCUCGACUUACUAUCUCUGCAGCUGCAGGCAGCUCAGCUACCCCCAACUGGAGCCUUUGGCACAGCUUUCUCCUGUUCUGCUGAACUCAACAUCCUAGUGCCUCUUGUGGUGGGCCUUAUCGUCCUCGCUCUACUCACCCUUGUGCUUAGUGCCUUCUGUAUCUCUCGAAGACGCCCACCAGCCUACCAGCCUCUAUGAAAGCUCCUGAUUCCCUCUGCAAUUCCCCUCUACCUUUGGGGGGUGGGGGUGGGGCUGAGAGGAGAUUUCAAAUGACAUAAGGAGAGACAUUGUGGGCAAUGAGAGUCUUUAUUGGAUUUGACAGAGGUACCUUCCUAGAACCAUAUAGAUACAUGCAUUUUCCUUAACUUCUCCAUUCCUGCAAUGAUUAAAGAUCACAAUUGCUUUGCCUUA